GGCUGUGGAUCAGAUAUAAGCAGCUCUUGCAGUUCACCCACAGAUGUGAGGAAGGAAACCUUCCAGAGACUAACAGAAGAUGGCCCUGCUUACAUUUGCCCUGCUUCUCUCCAUCGCUCUCCAAGGCUGUGCCUUGACUUACAGCAGCGGUGGUUUGGAAAGCUUUCCUGAAGAGUUAAAAACCGGAGAUGUUUGCCAAGACUGCACCAAAAUAUUUGAACUCCUUGUUGACAUGCUUUCCAAUGCAGACCUGCAGAAAAAGAUCAUGAAUGGCAUUGAAAGCGUGUGUGCACUCAUGCACGGUCCAGCUGCCAAUCUCUGCAAACAAGAGGUGGAGAAGAUGUUCCCACUGGCCAUCAAUUUUGUUACUUCCAUCUUGAAACCAGCGGAGGUGUGCAAAAUCCUCGGGCUCUGCAGCUCUUGUGAUAAAGAGCAGAUGCUCAGCUAUUUUGCCCAAGAGGCCCUUCAGGCUGCUGUGACAAGUGAUAAUGUGAAGCCUUCAACCGAAUGCUCCUUCUGCACCUUCCUCAUCAAGACUUUGGAGGGUUUGCUUCCCAAAGAAAGAACAGAGGAAGCAGUGGUCAAGCUGCUGGAAGAGAUCUGCCAUAUUCUGCCGGCCUCCUACCGCAACCAGUGUGAGACUGUGAUCGACAAGGUCAGCAGGACAGUGCUGGAUGCAAUACUGGCUUAUGCGACCCCGCAGGCCAUCUGUCACCUCAUGCACUUCUGUAAAGGGGAAGAAUCUCUGCUUCUGGAUCCAUGCACUCUGACAACAUACAGAUGCAGAGACGUCAAGACUGCUCUCAAGUGCGGAACUCUGUUCUACUGCCACAAAUUUGCCUGGAAGCCUCUGAACUACAACACAAUCUGAAGGAUUAAGAUCCAAUAAGAGUCAGCGUGGUGGACGCAGCAGAUAUUUCAUCGAGCACCAAAUCUUCAUCAGCAGCAUUUUAACAGUAUUUCACAUCCCAAUUUGAUUUCUUACUGCAUACUGUAAUUUUUGCAUUAUCUAUUCAGCCUGCACAGAGUUAUGAAAUGCAGAAAACAUUGUGUUUAAGUGUCAUCUUUACUCCGCUACUGCUACUUCUUGUAGCAGAGUAAAUAUUACUGGCUCAGAGUUAGAUUUCACUUAUUGCCUUUGUGCUUUUUUUUUUUUUUUUUUUUUUUUUUUUUUAAAUAUACCAACCAUUUCUCAAGUUUCCCGUCUCUUCUUUAAUAAAGUGUUUUUGUAGUGUUUCCCAGCUGACUUGACAACAUAUCCUUUGCUGUUAAAUAGACUUAUGUUUGAGAUUUAGAAGUCAAAUGAGGUAAAAGGGUUUGAGUCGACUGCUGAAUGUAGGGUGGGCAGAUAUUUUAGUCUUUAGUCAUCUUCCUACUUUCAAGUCAGCAGUUUGGAAGAAGUAAUAAAGCACAAAUAGAGACUGGAAGUGUUCGUCUUUACCACCUCGCAGACAGGAUCACUUCUGCUUUAUUUAAAAACAUGAAAGUGUCAUCUACAGCAGCACAGUUUAAAGAUGUUGAAGUUAGCCCUUCACAUAAAACAAGCACAGCCUGUAAGCACAAAGCAAGGGUGCAUUUUAUUUCAACAGUUUUAGAGAAAGUCAACAACAAAUCACUCGGAAACGCCAAAGACGGAAACUAGCCUUGGGGUUGUCAGGGUCAAAAUGGUAAGUUGUGUACUUUGAGGUAGGGGAAGAGGAAAUUUGCAAGAGGAGAAAAGGCACUUUUUUUUUUUACCCCCCCCAUGUUUAGCAACUGCUGGCAGACUUAAAUGAUUUAAAAAACAAAAACUGAACAAGGGAGGGAGUGCUCCUCAAACACAUCGUCCACAGGAGACAUGUAAACAGGCUGGUUUCUCUGUACAACACCAACUACUAUUUUCUCCAUCUGUGGAUGAGCGAGAGGAGACAAAGUUUAAAAAGUAGGUUCCUUAAUUUAAAUAACCAGUGUGACAUUAGCCCGUCAGCCACAGCAUCCU